AUGGAUAAGCCUUUCCCUUUCUCUUAUCUGGGAUGCCCCAUUUAUUUUGGGAGGAAAACUAGCAAUCUAUUUGACGGUAUGCUCUCUAAAGUUAUCAAGAAACUCAAUGGACGGCAAGCCAGUAUGAUGUCCUCUGGAGGGAGAAUGAUUUUGAUUAAACAUGUCCUGCAAUCCCUCCCCACAUACAUCCUAUCUGCUAUGAACCCUCUUAAAGGAAUUACUAAGGUCAUGGAGAAACACUUUGCAAAUUUCUUCUGGGGUAUAAAUGAAGGUAAAAACAAAUACCAUUGGUCUUCAUGGAAUAACCUUUGUCUUCCUAAAGAUGAGGGAGGAGCUGGUGUCAAAAAAAUGGAGAAUAUUAUAGAUACACUUAGCAAUAAAAGAUGGUUGAGAUUUAGAACUCAACCUUCCCUUUUGGCCAACUUUCUCAAGAAUAAAUAUUGCAAAAGAGCCCAUCCACCGAACAAAAAACUAAAUCCCACUGAUUCUCAUAUUUGGAGAAACAUGCUCAAAAUCAGGGAAAAAGCGGAGAAAAAUAUUAGAUGGGAAAUACAAAAAGGUAAUUGUAGCUUUUGGUGGGAUAACUGGAUAGGUAAAGAUGCUUUAGCCAACAUCUUACAAGGUAGUGGGAGAUCUUCUAAAGUACACGUGAAAUACUUCAUGAAUAAUGGAGAAUGGAAUAUUGACAAACUCAAUGAUGUUCUCCCUACGCAUCUUAUUGAUAAUAUUGCUCACUUGGAAAUAGGAGACCCAAAUAAGGAUGACUUCCCUGUUUGGACUACUUCUAAUGAUGGGAGAUUUUCUUCUAACUCAGCAUGA